AGUCAAGGACGCUUUUAUAUCCAAAUUGAACAUAUUUUUAUAACAACUUCAUUUAUAUGAGUAACAUAUAUGCAGAGCAAAAUGGCGGAAAUCAAAUUAUCGGCUGACGAGCUGUGCGUCGAAGCGGAGCGAAUAUUUCAAUGGAUUUCCGAUUUGUGUAACAAAGAUACUAGGCCGGUUGCUAUGCGCGAGCUCUGCGACCGUCAGGAUUACAUUGAGGGGCUAGGACCGUUAAUGUGGCACGCUUUCGGUGCUGUUUCCGGCCUAAUGCAGGAGCUCAUUGCUGUCUACGUCUACUCCACUGCGCUCGAGAAUGAAAUAAGCACAUUGCAAGCGCAACGGGUUUGUUCUGCCAUUGGUCUGGUACAGAUCAUUGGCUCACAUCCGGAUACAGCACCCCAGCUGCUACAUUCCCAAUUCAUGGCGUAUCUACUGCCAUUGCUAAGGAUGACGCGCCAGACCCGAGCAGUUGAACACGUGAGACUGUCCGUGAUGGGCGUGAUUUGUGGAAUGCUAGAGCUGGAUUCGCUGGAAGUGGUGCAAUUUUUUUUGGGCACCGAGCUAAUACCGCUUAUGCUGCGUCAAUUGGAGCUCGGCUCGAGGAUGAUGAAGAUCAAGUCCGCCCUUGUAUUGCACCGCAUCGUAGAGAACGAUGUGGGUUUGGAAUUUGUAUGCCGGCAUCAGGCACGCCUGUUGCAUCUGAUCUCCACGUUGGCUCAUGUGGUGCAUCAAUUGACGCUGGAGCCAGAGCCGGGUAUCCUUAAGCAUGUCGUCCACACAUAUGUACGCCUGACCGACAACAGAAUGGCCAAUGAGCUGUUGGUCGAGCACUUGCCAGAACAACUGCGCAACGGCUAUUUUUGCGAAGAGAGCCUGCUUGGCUAUGAACAGGCGCCAUUUGAGCUCGGCGUGCUGAACCGCAAGGUGCACCUCGCGCUCAGCACAAACAUUGAACAGGAAGCCGAUUAGAUAGCUGACCCACUGAAUGUGAAAGAUUAUUUGAAGCAAAAGUAAUCAUAAAGUACGAGAUCUGUUCGGAAACAAGGGAACACUUUUGUUAACGGAAACAUAACAUCUGCUUGACCCCACACAAAUAAAUAUAAAUGUUCGCUUUUAA